AUGGGCAGUGAAGAAGAAAGAGACAGACCCGGAAAUUCAUUUGCUGGAUUAUCUAACUUGCAAAUGCGUGCUCUCAAUGAUUCAAUGUCUAACAUGUUGAAUACAGGUUUGGAGGCAAUCCAUCAAAGGCUAGAUGAACUCCAGGGCCGACCAACUCAGUCCCGAACCAGAACCAGGCGUGAUCGCCCAAGGAGAAACAGCCGGUCCGACCUUGAGAUCCGAGAUGAGUCCUUUGAUGAUGAUCAGUCCAUCAACCGACCAAGGAGGGCUCCUAGACAACAAAACCAAGGUGAUGUCAAUCCAUUUGGUAGAAAUGAAAGAACUAAUGAUGGAUUGGGUGGUCUGAAAUUAAAAAUCCCAAGUUUUGAUGGCAAAAAUGAUCUGGAUGCUUUUCUUGAAUGGGAAAGAAAAAUUGAACUUGUGUUUGCUUGUCAAAUUUUUUCUGAUAUUAAAAAGGUUACACUUGCUGCUGCUGAGUUUACUGGCUAUGCUAUUAACUGGUAUGAUCGAGUUGUGACUAGCAGGAGAAGAGCAGGUGAGGCGCCAGUUGAUACAUGGGAUGAGCUUUCCAUGCUGAUGAGGAGACGCUUUGUUCCCGACCAUUACCACCGAGACCUACAUCACAAACUCAGGCGGUUACUUCAAGGUUCCAAGUCAGUUGAGGACUAUCACCAGGAGAUGGAGACCUUGAUGAUCAAAGCUGAUAUGGAAGAACCCUUAGACGCCACCAUGGCCAGAUUUCUUACCGGGCUCAACCGUGAUAUUCAAGACCGUAUGGAGCUGGAAGAUUAUGACAGCAUGGAGCAGAUGCUACACAAGGCCAUACUGAUUGAACAACAAGCCAAAAGAAAAGGUCUUUCUAAACCAGCCUUUGUUCCCAAAUCAUCCUUUGCUCCCAAAGCAAACUAUCAAGACAAAGGUAAGUCUUCUUCCUCAACAAAUACUGCUUUUAAGACUAAUGCCUCUGCUCAUGUUGAUAGAGAAAAGAAAGAGGAGGCUCCAAAACGAACCAGAGACAUUCAGUGUUUCAAAUGUCAUGGUCUUGGCCACUAUGCCAACCGAUGCCCAAACCAAAAGGUGAUGGUUCUUUUGGAGAAUGGUGAAGUAGAAUCCGAGGAAGACAAGGAGGAUCUUGGACCAGUGUAUGAUGAUGAUGAGGAAGAGGCGCUUGACUUCCCAGCUCAUGGUCCCCUUCUUGUUAUUAGAAAGACUUUGGACGAUGCCUUUGAUCCCAUCUUUGAUGAGGAGGUCGAUGGAGUGAUCGAUGAGUUCUGCUCGAACUUCGUGGAGGAUUCUGAUCCGAUCUAUGAUGAGGACGAGCUUGAUGAUCCCAGCCACGGUCCACUACUGGUUACUAGACGUGCCUUGAGUGUCCAACCAAAGACCAACGACAAAGAACAAAGGGAGAAUCUCUUUCACUAUAGAUGUCUCAUUUCUGAUAAAGUUUGUUCUUUGAUUAUUGAUGGAGGUAGUUGCACUAAUGUGGCUAGUGACACUCUUGUAAAGAAACUUGGGUUUGUUACUCGGCCUCUUGCUCGUCCUUUCAGGUUGGAGUGGCUCAAUGAGGCCGGAGAGCAAUAUGUGAAGGAGCAAGUUACCGUCCCACUUUUUAUUGGACGAUAUGAGGAUGAGGUCGUGUGCAAUGUGCUUCCCAUGGAUGCAUGCCAUGUUCUUUUGGGCCGGCCUUGGCAGUUUGAUAAGAAGGCUGUGCAUGAUGGUUUCACAAACCGGCACUCUUUUGAUCAUAAGGGAAAGAAGAUCACCUUGGUGCCUUUGUCGCCUUCAGAGGUCCAUCAAGACCAGGUACAACUCAAGAAGGGGCGUGACCAAGAGUCUAAGGCAGAUAAACCCGAGUAUAGUACCAGAAACUCCAACUUCUUUGUCAAGGAAAGUCAGGUUAGGAAAUCUCUUUACUCUCAACAGCCAUUUCUUUUACUUGUGUAUAAAGAAUCUAUUAUGGCUAAUUCUUCUGACCUUGCACCGGAGAUUCCGAGUGAGUUGCUAGAUGUUUUGCAGGACUUUUCUGAUGUCUUUUCAGAUGAGAAUCCAAAGGGAUUGCCACCAAUAUGA